CUAAGACCGCGCACGCGCACUGGGACUUAAGUGGUGUUGCUUGGAGACGAUAAUUUUUUCCUGAAAAAAUGGAACCUUGGAGCUGCCCCUUUGGGUCGUUGUGGCGAGACUAGGUUUGCUUAUCUGUGACAGCCAAUAUUGAGUUCCGGAGGCGGUGAAAAGCCAAGGAGGAGGAAAGGUACCCCUGAGGCGGUUGGUUUCUGCCAUGAAGAGGAUUUUUGGCUUCGGAAGUAAGGGCCGUUCGCCUUUGGGCUCCUCCAGCAACCUGCGAAGGAACUGCGUGGGCUUUGGGCUUGAGAAUGCCAGUAGUCUGAACUCGCCCAGGUACCACAUCCGAGACAAGGAUACAGGAAAGAUCCACAAGGCUGCAAGCAUGGGCAAUGUAGCCAAAGUGCAGCAUCUCCUUAUUCUUGGGGAAAAUGGCGUGAAUGAUAAAGACAAGAAGAACAGGACUGCUCUACACUUUGCCUGUGCCUAUGGUCAUCCAGAAGUGGUGACUCUUCUGGUAGAGAGGAAAUGCAACAUUGACAUCUGUGACAGUGACGGCAGCACAGCACUAAUUAAGGCCGUACAGUGCCAGGAAGAGGAAUGUGCAACUAUUCUGUUAGAACAUGGCGCUGAUCCAAAUGUCAAGGACUCCAGUGGCAAUACAGCUCUCCACUAUGCUGUUUAUAUUGAGAACACAUCAAUAGCAGUAAAACUACUUUUGCACAAUGCAAAUACUGAAGCCCAAAACAAGGAUGGCCACACACCACUUUUACUUGCUCUAAGAGAAAACAAACAACAGAUGGCAGAAGUUUUAGUAAAUAAAAAAGCAAAUAUACAUGCAGUUGAUGAGCUAGAAAGGCAAGUAAUUUUUGAAUAUGACGAAAAGAGACUUAAACAUUCUCAAAUUAACAAUUCAGUGCUAGAGAUCGAACCCAGAGCGUCAGCAUCAUGCAUUCUAGUGGAUGAGAGUUCUGAAGAUGAGUCUUUAACCAGGCUUUCUAACAAACCUGGUCCUGGUGAUCCCUGGCCUACAUCAGAUGAGGAAGACUCUAAUUUUGAUACCAAGAAUUUCCCAAAAGUGAACUUAACAGAGCUAUGGACUACUACUCAACAAUUCAAGAAAAAUCGAGCAAAAUAUGAUAUUUUGAAACCAGAAAAUAGAACCUUGUUUGAUAGCAGUGAUUCUGAUAGUCAAAAUGAAGACAUGGAUGAAACCCUUCCUAAAACAUCGGUUAAACAGAGUUUUUCAGGUCCUUCCAUUUUGUCAUCUGACCCAAAUGAAGGGGCAACAAAGCCAAUAAUUGGAAAAGAAGAAAAUGGUACUAAAAGUGCUUCGCAAGAUCAAACAAAUAAUGGGAAUUUGACUUAUGUUGAUGCAGGACACAAAAAGAGUAAAAGUGAUCUGAUGUCUGCAUUAGGAUUAGGAGAAGAGGAAGAGGAAGAAUCACCAUGGGAUUCUGAGAGUAUCUCUGAGAGGCUUCCACAAAAGGGUGUUAGUCAUUUAUCUGGGGCUGUGCAUGAAAGAGGAAACAAUAUCAAUGGACAAGUCGAAGAUAUGAUUUAUAUACCAUCUUGCAUGAGUGGAUCAAGAAACUUUAAGAUGGCUAAACUAGAGAAAACAAGAAAUGUAGGCAUACCAGUAGCCAACAUGGAAUCUCCUGAGAAAUAUCCUCAAUUAAAGACUACCAGUGAAAUGAAAGAUUCUCUUCUGAGCAAAGCAAUAGGAAUGAAGGAUGUACAAACAUUCAAAUCAGAACCAAACUUAGAAGUAACAUCAGAAGAAGAGCAAAAAAGGCUUGAUGGCAGUGAAAAUAACCAGUCACAGGUGGAAGAAAAAAGGAAGGAGCACAAAGGUAAUGAAAUGGAAGUAUCAGAAACCCUAUCUGAUGGUUUUGCUGCCACAGAUAAUGAUGAUGGACUAAUUCAACAAAGAAAGAAUGAAAAAACUGAUAACCAGAAAUUUCCUAUUGAGGAGAAUAAAAAACAUGAAGGUGAUCCUGCCUUAAAAAAAAGAAAAAAAGAAGUAAAGAAAAAUGAAAAUGAAAAACAUACCUCCAAAGAAUCUGUGACUACACCAGCAUUUGAGAUGGCUGAUUCAUUAACUGGUGGUCUAAUACAAGUAAAGGAUGGUUGCCACUUAAGUGAAAUAGAUCAGGAUGAAGAAAGGCCCAUAAAGAAAGCAUCUAUUGAAAAGGAAAAGGCCCCCCAAAAAAUAAAUGCUAUGGAUGACCUUGAUGACUUAACUCAAUCGUCUGAAACAGCCUCAGAGGAUUAUGAAUUGCUUUACCCUAGUUAUGAGAAUAUGUUGCUGCUAAUUGAACAACUUAGAAUGGAGUAUAAAGAUUCUGUUAGCCUAUUAAAACUUUGGGAUGCAGUUCAUUCAUAUAAAAGAUUAAUAGAACUUAAAAAAAGUCAUUGUGAACUACUUAUAGGAAAAAUUAAAAAAAUGGAAAAUAAGGUUCGUGAACUACAAAAGGAGCUGUCAAGCACAAAAGAAGUGAAAUCACAGUUAGAACAUGAAAAGGUGGAAUGGGAAGGAGAAAUUCACAAUUUGAGAUUUGCCUUAAAAGAAGAAAAGGAAAAGAGAAGAAAUGCUGAUAACGCUUAUGAAAAAAUUAAACAACACUUAAGAAAGAAAGAAGAGCAAUAUAAUAAAGAAGUUGAAGUGAAACAACAACUUGAAAUCUCUCUCAGGACACUAGAGGUGGAGUUAAAGACUGUAAAAAUUAAUUUGAAUCAGGUUUUAGAGGACCGAAAUGACCUCCAGAGGCAGCUUACUCAAGAACAGAAUGCUAGAAUAUUACAAGAUGGGAUUCUGGCAAAUCAUCUUUGCAAACAAAAGGAAAUAGAAAUGGCGCAAAUGAAAAUGAGUUCAGAGGUUUCUAUUAGUCAUGAAAAAGAAAAAAAUUUACUGCAUAAAAGUCACAGUUUGCAGAAAGAAAUCUCCAUGAUAAGACUAGAAAUAGACACAAUAAAAAAUCAGAACCAGGAAAAGGAAAAGAAAUAUCUUGAGGAUGUUGAAAUUGCAAAUGAAAAGAAUGAUAACCUUCAAAAGACAAUAAAACUGAAUGAGGAAACAUUUACAACAACAGUACUCCAAUAUAAUGGACAGCUUAGUAUCCUGACAGCUCAGAAUACAAUGCUAAAUUCUAAACUGGAGAAUGAAAAACAAAACAAGGAAAGACUGGAAAUAGAAGUUGAAUCAUACCGUUCUAGACUGGCUGCUGCUAUCCAUGAUUAUGAUGAAAGUCAGGCAUCAAAAAGAGACCUAGAACUUGCUUUCCAGAGAUCAAGAGAUGAGUGUUUUCGUUUACAGGAUAAGAUGAAUUUCAGUAUAUCUAAUCUAAAAGAUAACAAUGAGAUUCUUUCCCAACAGCUUUCGAAAGCUGAAAGAAAAUUCAAUAGUCUAGAAAUUGAACUCCACCAUACAAAAGAUGCUCUUAGAGAAAAGACUUUGGUUUUAGAACAGGUACAAAGGGACCUAAACCAAACACAGGGCCAAAUGAAGGAAAUUGAAUGUAUGUAUCAAAAUGAACAAUGUAAGGUGAAUAAAUAUGUUGGUAAGCAAGAAUCUUUAGAGGAGAGAUUAUCUCAACUACAAAGUGAAAAUACAUUGCUUCGACAACAAUUAGAUGAUGCUCAAAACAAAGCUGACAAUAAAGAAAAGACAGUAAUUAAUAUCCAAGACCAAUUUCAUGACAUUGUAAAGAAACUUCAAUCUGAGAGUAAAAAACAAAAUCUCAUGCUAGAAGACAGAAAUAAGGAGUUAAUCAAUGAAUGUAAUCAUUUAAAAGAAAGGCUGUAUCAAUAUGAAAAUGAAAAAGCAGAAAGAGAAGCAGUUGUGAGACAACUUCAACAAGAACUGGCUGAUACCCUGAAAAAACAAUCUAUGUCAGAGGCUUCACUAGAAGUUUCAUCACGUUAUCGCAUUAGUUUGGAGGAUGAGACACAGGAUUUAAAGAAAAAACUAGCUCAAAUAAGAAGUCAAUUACAAGAAGCAGAGGAUCAACACACAGAGGCUGCUCAAUGUGUUGAGAAGAUGCAGGAUCACUUACAAAAGCUUGAAAUCCAAAAUUCUAAGUUAAAAGAUACAAUAAAAAAACAAACAGGAAAAAUUGAACAGCUUCAGAAAAACCUGUUAAGUGCAAAUUUGUCUGAAGAUGAUAAGGAACAAUUAAAGAAACUUACAGAAUUAAAACAAUCUCUGGAAUAUACUUUGGAUCAAGAAAAGAAGAAAAAUGGCAAAUUAGAAAAAGAGCUAACUGGGUUUAAGAAACUUUUAAAAAUGACAAAAACAAAGUUAAAUAAGUAUGAAAAUGGGGAGUUUAGUUUCCAUGAAGAUUUAAAAAACAGUUCAUUUGAAAUGGAUAUUCCAAUUAAUAUGCUUAUAUACAAGAUUGAUGAUCUUGCAGCAAAACUGGAGACUGCAUCUUCAAAAUGUCUACAUCUGGAUAAAAAAAAUCAGUUUCUUCAUCAGGAGCUAUUAUCCAUGAAAACUAUGCAAAAAAAAUGUGAAAAACUAGAGAAGAAUAAAAAAAAAUUAGAACAAGAAGUAGUAAACCUUAAAAGUCAUAUAGAAAAGAAGAAUAUGGAAGAACAUGGUCAACUAGAACAGUAUAAACAGGAGAUUGAAGACAGAGCAAGACAGGAUUUAGUGGAAAAAUUAAAACAAGUGAAUCUAUUUUUAAAGACACAAGCAGCAUCUCAGGAAAAUUUGGAACAGUUAAGAGAAAGUAAUAAUGCCUCAAUAAGAAGUCAGAUGGAACUCAGAAUUAAAGACCUGGAAUAUGAACUGUCUAAAAUAAAAACACAAGAAGAUUCUAAUAAAAUAGAACUGGAAAAAUAUAAACAACUCUAUGUAGAAGAAUUUAAAAUUAGAAAAUCAUUACUGAAUAAACUAAACAAGGCUAAUGAAAGACUAGAGGAUGUCAAUACUCAACUUCUUGUGGAAAAACAGAACAGAUCUUUACUCAGCACUGUUAGUCCAAGGCCUGUCGUAGAGUGCUCUUGUGUUGGAAGUCUUAAUAAUAGUUUGGUACUCAACAGAAGUUAUUUUCCAAGAGAAAACUUAGUGGUUCCUACUUCUAACCCAAAGCCUUCAAAUAAGAGCAUGGAGAACUACUUAGCUGAGAUGCAGCAGAAGUUGGAAAAAAGUAUAACUAGAGAACUAAAAGAAGUGGCUAAUGAACUUGAAUCUGGGUCCCUUAGAGCUUCUCCCCUAGGAUCUACUCAUAAGUCAAGUCAAGAUCUACUUUCAGAAGCAUCACAAGAAUAUGUAGAGAUUUUAAAGAAAAAAUACAUGAUCUGAAUGUCAUCUAUUAGACUGUUUAUAUAACAGUUAACAUGGUUUCCCAGACAUGUAUGAUAUGAAAAUUUUGAAGUAAAAUAUUUUUGGCUAUCAUAUAUGUAUGAUGAAAUAAUAUAUAGUACUUUAAGCUGUUUCUUGGCAUCUGUAACUAACUUUUAAAUGGAUUUUGCGAGUGAAAACUAGUGUUAUUGACUUUUGCAUACUCAAAUUCUCAAAAUGCCAGCUAUUUAAACAGUACCCAAACAAUCGUCUUGUCACUAAUACUUUGGUAGAAUGAAAUAUCAUUUUAGUGAUAGCUUAUUUGUACUUUUCAAUUUUUAUUAGUAUAUAUGUCUAUAAAUUUAAACAUCAUUUUGGUAUAAUGAUACUGUAGCCCUUGUCAGUGUUUUUAUGUAGUACAAUAGUUACACUGCCAUCAAACUUAUAUAAUUUUAAUUUUAUUGCAUUAUUUUAUUUUAAGCACUAAUUAAUUGUUCUUUCCUCAUGGAAUUAUUUUAUGCAACUAUAGUAUAACAAUCAAAGUCAGGAGAUUAAAAUUGAUUCAGUAUUAAUAUUUAAUCUACAAAGCUUGUUCAGAUUUUGCCAGAUAUCCCAAUAAUAAGCUGUAUAUAUCCAUUAUUUGUACUUUUUUGCUCAGUGAUGCAAAGCUAUUUAACACGCAAGAGAAUUAAACAAAUAAGUAAAUAUUCUAAGCAUGAAGGGACACAGGUUACUAUCAGAAAAAUUAGCUACAGAGAGUUUAAGGUUGCCGCCACCACUAGAGCAUAUCACCAAUACCAAACAAUAUAAACUUCCUGGAGGGCAAGAAGAGAUAACUGUGACUGUCAUGGAACUGGAAAAAGUGGGCAUGAUAUGACCCACCUGUAGUCCUUUCAACUCCUUAAUGAGACCAGUAAAGAAACUAGAUGAAUCCUGGAGGGUGAUAGUGUACUGUUUUGAGCUCAAUAAAGUGGUUCCCCAAUGUA